AUGUCCAGCUCCAAUAUUCCCUUGAAACAAUCUCAUGUCGUCAUGAUAUCUGGUGUUGUCGAAAACAGUGCAGUGCACCCGCCUUCAGACAGCCGUAAUUAUUCCUACCGAUCCACUACCGUCGCAAUCACUUGUAACGGCUGGAACGGCGACAACAUGAAAGAAUACAACGGCAAGUUCACCGCUUACUGCUCUGCUUUGCAAGUUCCCCACGAAGGUGAAUGCUACUGUACAAAGGCACGAUUCUUGCCGUCCAGGGACUCUGCCAACUUCAACAUGUAUUAUGAAGCCGACCACAAGAUCUAUGUCGGUACAAGUGAAACUUUUACCGGUGUUCUACACAACAACACCGCGCUCUCCGGCCUCGGCAUCGUCUCUAGCCGCCGAACUAUGCCUGACGAGGACGAUACAAAGUCCACCUUAUGCUUCGUCAUGAAGCACAUCGAUUAUCAGCCACAGAUCCGCAAGAACCAGUACUUCAAAAUAGAGUAUUGCAUUCGUCCAACACGCAAUAUGGAGAAGAGUCAAAAUUUGGUACAGGUUGGGCGAGAAACCCUGAUUUCUGGCUUCAUCGUGGACUGGGAUGGCGACAACAACCACUGGAUUGUUGAGGUCACCGCAGUCAGCCCUUGUACCGGCAACGAGGGUAUCACUAGCAAACAAACCGACCCAGCAGGUCAUGUCACCCCAGCUGGUAGAAUCCGGCCAGCUAAGCAUAUCCCGAUUCCAGCUACUCCAACUAAUGCCGUUGCAGACCCAUCUUCCAACCCUGCUUCCAGUGCAGCGGCUUCAAGCAACAAGCAAAAGGCACCCGUCGCUGAAACUCCUCUGCACUCGCCGCCUGGCACAGGACGUCGUACCCGGCCAGCUAAACACGUCCCCAAAACCCCUACCCCUCCCGUAGCAAAAUCGAUCCGACCUAAAACCAAAGGAAAAGGCAAGGCUGUUAGCCUCGCCCAAGAUAUCCCAGAUCCUGAGGCCGACGAAGAAUUUCUCUCUGAGACCGAAUGGCCAACAACUCCAGUCCCUAAGGUUACAAAGAAGGCCCCGGCUAAAAAGGUAGCACCCUCCAAAGCGAAGAAAGGAAAGACUCUACCUCAACCAGCACCAGUUGUUCAAGAAGUAAUUGACGAGGAUGACGGAGAGCUCGACGAAGAUAGUCAAGAGGACCUCGACAACAAUUUGACCGUUACACUUUGUCGUUCUAUGAACACCCCUCACAGCACCCCAAUGAUGGGCGACCGCGACGGCCCGGCGCUCUCAAACAUCAUGAUUCAGCCUUGGCCAGUCCCAUCACUCGACGUUAUCGCUGUUCCCGGGGCCAGACACAAUCAACCCGCCUCCUUCGGUGUGUCUAGCCGCGAUUUCAACCUGGCCCAACCAGGCAGUUCACCUCAUAAUGUCAUGGCCCGCGUCGGCUGCAUUGCCAACUAUUAUCGACCUGCCCCAGUCAUUCCCCGGGGAUCUAUCAUAUCUAAUACUUCUAUGCGUUCUCCUUUUGCCGCUAAUAGUUACAGGAACAUGGUCAACCACGGUCCAGCAAUCAGAAACGCUUUGGAGAACACGGAAGCUGCAAUUAAACGCCGCUUUGGUUCCGAAUUGCCGUACAAUAUUGGCCCUUGCGAUGACCCGUGCGCUUACUGUGGUGCGCUACAUUGGAAACUCGAGCGUCAGCCGGGUACUAAGACAGCGCCCACAGCUACUUAUGCUGCUUGCUGUCAACAAGGUGCCGUCAAGCUCCCCAGCAGCGAUAAUGAGAACACCCUCACGCCAGAGUUUGUUCAGCGAUUACUCUCCGACCAAGACAGAACAUCAAAAGACUUUAGGCAGGACAUCCGUCGAUACAACAACUCUUUUUCAUUUGCCUCAACUGGCGCUAAACAGGACGAAAUUUGCUCAAAUCUUCAUGUACGGCGACCAAGGUGA